AUCACUUUUCUGAAGGGUUUGAGUUGAUAAAAGGGCUUGAUAUGGAGAAUUUGAUUGAAGCCAAAUUGUACUUUUGCUUUAAUUGUAGAAACCAUGUUGCACUUCAUGAUGAUGUCAUUUCAAAAACCUUUCGGGGAAGAAGUGGAAGAGGUUUUCUGUUUUCACAUGCAAUGAAUGUUAGAGUAGGGCCAAAAGAAGACAGACAUCUGAUAACAGGUCUCCAUACAGUUGCUGAUGUCUAUUGUUGUGACUGCAAUCAGGUGCUUGGUUGGAAGUAUGAAAAAGCCUAUGAAGAAAAUCAAAAGUACAAGGAAGGGAAAUACAUACUUGAGAAAGCUAAAAUUGUUAGGGAAAUGUUGUAGUUGCUGCCAGAAGAUAGUGUUAUAUGAUGUUGUUAAUUUUUGGAAGAACACUCACAAAUUUAGUGCUAAUAUUCUUUUGUAUAGUGGAUUUUCUUUAAUUUCAAAUCUUCAC